UUGAAGACUUCAGUUCUUCGGCGACCAUCGAGUGGUCAAGUUCGGUGUUUUCUCUCCAUUAUUCUGGCAGAGCUGCGAAAGUGUUUUGUUUCAGUGUGACUAGGCUAAAUUCGCCCGAAUCGGAGAGUUCGGGAUAGACUGUAUAAAAACAUAACUUGUUAAUUAGGUGCCCCACAGUGAUACUCGUAAAAUGGCCAAGAUUAACUUAAUGAGGCAACUCAUUCUGGCCCUAAUGAUUUACAGUGCGGCCACCGCCAAGGAGCACCUGCGGAUUCGCAGAUUAGCCGCGGCGGAAUCGGCCACAGAAGCCCUGCCCAAUGCCAGCCAGGUAAUAGCGUCCGCGGAGGGUAGUGAUACCCAAACCGAGGUGCCGAGCCAGGAGGAGACAAAGGCGGCCGAAAUAAAUAAUAAAACCGAGACUGUGGUGCCGGCGGAAAACGUGGAGACUCGUAACUCGGCAUUUGAUUUGCCCGCCAAUUCGGAUCAGUCCAGCAGUGGCCAGGGCUCCGAGGAGGACAGUAUCUACUACGAUAAUGCUCCUGUGGAGUGCCAGCCCGAGCUGGUGGGCUUCGAGAUCGUAACAGGCUAUGUGUUCUCGGCUCCCGAAAAACUGAUGGAUUCGCAGCCGGGCACGCUAAUGCUCACCGAUUGCCUGGACACCUGUCGGAAGAACAAAACCUGCCAGUCAGUGAACUACGAGACCGGGCUCUGCGUGCUCUUCUCCGCCCAUGCCGAUCAAUUACCGGGCGCCCUAACAAAGUCACAGUUCCCCGUGUUCACAAUCUAUGCCCAAAAAUCAUGCCUCUCGGUAAAGCCCUGCUCCCGGGCCUGGUACGUCGAUCGUGUGCAAAAUUACAAGCUCAAGACGGAAGUUAAGCGUACCGUGUCGCUGGCGUCCAGACGCGAGUGCUUUGAACUUUGCCUGAGCGAAACAGAAUUCACAUGCAGAUCGGCCAAUUAUGAUCGCUCUUCGGGCGCCUGCGAGCUGAGCGAGUUGGAUCGCCUCACCUUGGCCGGGUCACAGGCCUUCCAGAUCAGCGAGGGUACGGAUUACCUCGAGAAUCACUGUGUCGACGAACCGAACAAGUUGUGCGAAUUCAAGCGUCUACCGGGUCGCAUUCUGAAGACAGUGGAUUCGGUUUAUCAGGAGGUCAGCAGCAUUGACGAGUGCCGGGAGCUGUGCCUGAAUUCACCUUAUAGGUGCCACUCCUAUGACUACAAUGACACCGGUGACAUGGUUUGCCGACUUUCGCAUCACAGUAGAGCCACCUUGGCCGAUGUACAGGAGCCAUUCCUGGAGGUGCCCGAGGCCUCGACCUAUGAGCUGACCUCCUGCUACAAUGUUACCAUUGAGUGUGGCGGUGGCGACAUGCUGGCCCGCAUUCGCACCUCCAAGCUCUUCAACGGCAAGGUGUACGCCAAGGGUUCGCCCAAAUCCUGCUCGGUGGAUGUGAAGAGCGCCUUGGACUUUGAGCUGCGGAUGAACUAUCACGAUCUGGAGUGCAAUGUGCGACAGAGCACGGCCGGUCGCUACGUUAACGACAUCAUUAUCCAGCACCACGACAUGAUUGUUACGUCCUCCGACUUGGGCUUGGCUUUGGCCUGCCAGUACGAUCUGACCAACAAGUCGGUCAGCAAUGGCGUUGACCUCGAUGUCCGCGGCGACAUCAUGCCGGCCCUGUCCGAGGAGGUUAUCGUGGAGUCCCCGAAUGUCAUCAUGCGAAUCACAUCGCGCGAUGGCUCCGAUAUGAUGCGAUCCGCCGAGGUGGGCGAUCCGCUGGCCCUGAAAUUCGAGAUUGUUGACGAACAGAGCCCGUACGAGAUCUUUAUUCGGGAGCUGGUGGCCAUGGAUGGUGUGGAUAACUCGGAGAUUACAUUGAUUGAUUCGAAUGGUUGUCCGACUGAUCACUUCAUCAUGGGACCAAUCUACAAGGGUUCGGUUUCUGGCAAAAUGCUGCUCUCAAACUUCGAUGCCUUUAAGUUUCCCUCGAGUGAGGUCGUCCAGUUCCGAGCCUUGGUCACGCCGUGCAUGCCCAGCUGUGAGCCGGUGCAGUGCGAGCAGGAGGAUACCAGUGGGGAGUUCAGGUCCUUGUUGUCCUAUGGCCGCAAACGCAGAUCGCUGAAUACAACAGAUGAUCAUCCCAGACCUAGACGGGAUAUUGAGGCCACCAAGUCCAAGUCCACUCCCAGCGACAUGCUGCUGGUGCAGUCCAUUCAGAUAACGGAUAAGUUUGGAUUUAAGCAGGAUAAACAGGAGAGCGGGGACUUUUACGAUGGCAAUGAAACCACCUUCACGGCCAACGAAGAGGGUCAUGGAUUCUGCGUUAACGCCAUUGGUCUAAUUACCGCUGCCACCAUUUUCUUGCUAACCCAGUUGGCCGUGAUCGCCAUUUGGACGUACUGCUAUCAGCGCCGCCAGAAACUGCAGCCGUAUCAGCAUUCAUACUAAGCGCACAGAUUCGAACCGAAUGCAAUAUUCAUAUACUUACAGCAUUAACGUCUAAGCUUCAAAAGGUGCAAUCAAUAUUUACGCAAGUUAUGAUAAUUAAUAACGAAUACCCGUCGUCCUGAUACCACAUCCGAUCCGUACCGCUAUUAGCCUUAUCUAGUCAGUGCACGAUUUUAGAGAAAUGAAAUUAAUGUGUGUCCUGUUCGGUGGAAUUCAGAUUGUUUGCAUUGCAGCCAUGGCGUUUUUUUAGUACUCGUAACACUAUCUCUUCCUAGUGUGUGUUAGGUUUGAGAUUUCCGCGAUUCCCCACUUGCAAAGGCAGUUCGACCGACGACACUGGCAUUGAACUCCCUUUGCGACUUCGGAACUACGUUGGUUGACAUUUGUAAAAACUAAUGCAUAUUACACUUAAAUCCCUCAUCUGUAUCUGCAUCGGCCUCAUCGAGUGCUCAUGCCUUAGUCUAAGCUUAAGCAACCUAAUUUAUUACAUAUCAAUAGCUGUUUAAUGUUUGCAUUGAACCCCCCUUAAUUUUAUGGAACGAAACUCAUCUUAUUAUUAAACCUUAAGAUUUUUAAUGA